GUAAAACCGACACUAAAACGUCCCGACCUACAAAUCACCCGGCCAAAUUAUGAGUUCAUUGUAUUAUGCGAAUGCUUUAUUUUCUAAAUAUCAAGCCGCAAGUUCGGUUUUCCCAUCCGGAGUCUUUCCCGAGCAAACUUCUUGCGCUUUCGCCUCCAACACCCAGAGAACGGGGUAUGGGGCCGGAUCCACGCCUCCCUUCGCCGCCUCCAUGCCCGGGCUGUACUCCAGCGGCAGCGCCGUGCACCCCCAGCCCCCCAGCAUGUAUUCCUCCGGUUACGGCCUGGAGCCCGGCUCCUUCAACAUGCACUGUUCCCCUUUCGAACAAAACCUCUCCAUGAUGUGCCCGGGAGAUGCCUCCAAGCAGAAUUGCAGCAAAACGGACCAAAGGGACUCAGAUUUGCAAAGCGACAGUAACUUCCGCAUCUACCCCUGGAUGAGGAGCACAGGCACCGACAGAAAACGCGGCCGCCAGACCUAUACCAGGUAUCAGACCCUGGAGCUGGAGAAGGAAUUCCACUACAACCGGUACCUGACGAGGAGGAGACGCAUCGAGAUCGCCCAUGCCCUGUGUCUCACCGAGAGACAGAUCAAAAUCUGGUUCCAGAACAGGCGCAUGAAGUGGAAAAAGGAAAAUAAAACUGCCUGCUCCGGCUCCAACAGUCAGGAGAAACCAGAUGCGGAGGACGAUGAGGAAGAGUGAAAGGGGCAAGAGAUGGAGUCAGGAAAUGUGGAAACCCACGCGAGAAGGGAAGAGGGGGAAAACACUCAGAAAAAAAAAAGACUAUAUAUUAAAAUAGAUAAAUGAUAAGUGCAUAAAUAAUUAAAAACCCUAGGAAUGAUACUUUGUGUUUCAUGACACUGAAAAAGAUACUACCUAUAUUAAAGUCUUCUCUUUUGUUUUGUACAAUAGAAUGAUGAUCUACCUAUUCCUGUGGCUUUAGAGUCAGAAUAGACACACUUUUCUAUGUGAGUCUUCCUAUAGUCCAAGUAAUUGGUAAAGCUCCGUUUGUACUUCGCUGUGUAUUUUCGGUAUGAAGUAACGUGGUCGUGUUUAGCACCUUUAAUUUAGAAAACGUGAUCUGAAAAGUCUGAAUGCAAAUUCUGCUUAGCGUAUAGAGUCCUGUACAUAAUAAUGAUGGUUACUCCUCCCUGCAACCUCCACGGUUCUUUUCUCCCCGCUAUGCUCUUUCCUCUGUGUAUAUUUUUACCUGGAUUUCUUCGUUGUUCAAGUCUCUACGAAGACAAAAAAAACACAAAGAAGAUUAAUUAAUAUUGUGCUACGUAAAAUGUGUAUAUCAAAGUAGCAAUUAUUUAAUGGCGA